AUAAGCACUUCAGAAACCAUUGUUUGGUGAAAAUGUUAAAGACGUUCUUGUUUGUAGCCUGUAUUGCUAAUGUGCUUCUGGCAGACUCUAUUGAAGAAACAUGCGGAGGAGAUCCUAACGCAAGAGCCGGUUGUGGGAGUAAUUGUAACAGAAAAUGCUCCGAUAUUGGUGCAAAUGAAACAAAAGCUUGUACUUCAGCUUGCCGUGUCAACGCCUGUGAUUGCAAAGAUGGGUAUUAUCUCGAUGAAAACACCGGAAAAUGUGUGCUUCCUAACGAAUGCCCUUCAAUAUGCGGUCCCGAUGAAGUGUAUUCCGAUUGUACAAACGGGGGUUGUAGUGCGAAAAACUGUACACAAUUAGGCAGACCCGUACCUUGCGUUAAGAUUAAUCCUAAGAAUUGCAAGAAAGGUUGCAUUUGUAAAGAGGGAUACUUACGCGACGAAAACGGCUUAUGUGUUCCUGAACAAUCUUGUCCUCGUAGCGCGUGGGCUGCGCGCCGCCGCCGCCGCUGGUGAACGCCUCCCGCAGCUCCUGCUGCACCACCGCCUGCAGGGACGCGAUGUG